CCGGUGUGUUAUACAGACACCCCCGGGACUGCUCCCAGACCCUUCUGAAUGGUGACUCCUCUCCAGGCUUGUACACAAUCUACUUGGGGGGAGACGAGAACCAGCCCCUGCAGGUGUACUGUGACAUGACCACUGAUGGAGGUGGAUGGAUCGUUUUCCUCAGACGUCAAAGUGGCCACCUGGAGUUCUUCCGCAACUGGAAAAAUUACACAGCUGGUUUUGGAGACAUGAAUGAUGAAUUCUGGCUUGGUCUGUCCAACUUACAUAAGAUCACAGCUGGAGGGCAGUACGAGCUGCGAGUUGAUCUCAGAGAUAAAGGAGAGACUGCAUACGCUCAGUACGACAAGUUCUCUGUCUCCGAACCUCGAAGCCGCUACAAAGUUCAUGUAGGAGGAUACAGCGGAACAGCAGGUGACUCCAUGACCUACCAUCAUGGGCGUCCAUUCUCCACAUAUGACCAUGACAACGACAUUGCCGUCACCAACUGUGCUCUGUCCUAUAAGGGAGCCUUCUGGUAUAAAAACUGCCACCGUGUUAACCUGAUGGGACGAUACGGAGAUAACAGUCACAGCAAG